AGGCUGUCAGGAACGCGGUGAGUUUGUUUAUCGGCGGAAAAGCGUGAAUAUCCAAGAAAUACCGUGAUUCAUUGGCUGAAUUCAGUGGAAAUCACAAAGGAAAGAACCAGUGGAAGCUUUUGUACAGAAAUUUUUCCAAAUAGCAAGGCAGAAAACCCUUUCCGGAUGGCUGACGGAGAUAAGCUGGAGGUGCGUGAAAUCACCAGAAUCGAGAGAAUUGGUGCGCAUUCGCAUAUCCGAGGCCUGGGGCUGGAUGAUGUGCUGGAGGCGAGGAGUAUCUCUCAAGGAAUGGUGGGCCAGAAAGAUGCUCGGAAAGCGGCUGGAAUUAUCGUUCAAAUGGUGCGCGAGGGGAAGAUUGCUGGCCGGUGUAUCCUCAUAGCCGGUGAGCCGAGUACUGGCAAAACCGCUAUAGCCGUGGGAAUGGCUCAGGCUCUGGGACUGGAGACGCCUUUCACGUCCAUGUCUGGAUCUGAGAUCUACUCGCUGGAGAUGAGUAAAACCGAGGCGCUGAGUCAGGCACUGCGCAAGAGUAUCGGCGUGAGAAUCAAGGAGGAAACGGAGAUAAUUGAGGGUGAAGUUGUGGAGAUUCAAAUUGAUCGUCCGACAUCUGGCACUGGCCAAAAAGUGGGCAAAGUGACGCUAAAGACAACGGAGAUGGAGACGAACUACGACCUGGGUAAUAAGAUCAUCGAGUGUUUCAUGAAUGCCAAGAUUCAAGCCGGCGACAUUAUCACUAUCGACAAGGCGUCUGGGAAGGUGAACAAGCUGGGCAGGAGCUUCACGCGGGCGCGCGAUUACGACGCCACGGGCAUUCAGACGCGCUUCGUGCAGUGCCCGGAAGGAGAGCUGCAGAAGAGGAAGGAAGUUGUGCACACAGUGACUCUUCAUGAGAUCGACGUGAUCAAUAGUCGCACUCACGGCUUUCUGGCACUCUUCUCCGGCGACACUGGCGAAAUCAAGCAGGAAGUGCGCGACCAGAUCAACAACAAGGUGGCCGAGUGGCGCGAAGAGGGCAAGGCAGAGAUAAAUCCUGGCGUGCUGUUCAUCGAUGAGGCGCACAUGCUGGACGUGGAGUGUUUCUCGUACCUCAACCGCGCUCUGGAAAGCGACAUGGCGCCCGUGGUGAUCAUGGCUACGAAUCGUGGCAUCACGAGGAUUCGCGGCACUGAUUACAAGAGUCCUCAUGGCAUUCCCAUCGAUCUGCUCGACCGCAUGAUUAUCAUUCGCACGGUUCCGUACUCGGAAAAAGAGUUCAAGGAGAUCCUGAAGAUUCGCUGCGAAGAGGAGGAUUGCCAGAUGAGCACCGACGGACUCACCGUGCUCACGAGAAUCGCCACUGAAACCAGUCUUCGGUACGCCAUUCAGCUCAUCACGACGGCCAACCUCCUUGCGAGGCGUCGAAGAGCCACUGAGGUGACCAUCGAGGACGUGAAGAAGGUGUACACACUCUUCCUGGACGAGAGUCGCUCCAGUCGGAUUCUGAAGGAGUAUCAGGAUGAGUACCUCUUCAAUGACGCCGGAUCUGGCCCGACCGGGAGCAACACGAAAGUCACGCCGAUGGACGUUGGAGACAAUUGAUGGUCCGCACCUUCUCGGCAUCGACAUGAAGACAGAGGGAGAACAAGGUGAUCGGAGAUUGAAGGAGAGAAAUUUGUUGGAUCGAAUGUUUUCAAAUCAUCUUCAGUAUGUUGUAUGUCAUCAUCAUUUUCAACAGAAUGCCCGUGAGAG